AUGGCUGUGAAAGAGAGGAGAAAAGUUGCGGAGCUUCUGGAAAUCGAAGCUGAGAUGCAGAAGCGAUGGAGUGACGCGAGGGUUUUCGAAGUGGACGCGUCCAGUGACAGAAAUGAACCAAAAUACACGGCCAAUCUGCCGUACCCGUACAUGAAUGGUCGACUUCAUUUGGGGCACGCUUUUACCAUAUCGAAAUGCGAGUUUGCAGUAGGUUUUCAACGUUUGCUUGGUAAACGUUGCAUGUUUCCAUUUGGAUUACAUUGCACGGGAAUGCCAAUCAAAGCAUGUGCGGAUAAGCUGAAAAGAGAACUCUCCGAGUUUGGCUAUCCACCUUCGUUCCCGGCUGAUUCCGGUGAUGGAAACAACGAUGGUGAUGAUGAUGAUGGCGGUGAUGAUGAUGACGAUGAUAUUGAUGGGCAUGAUGAUGGUGGUAUUGUGAAUGACAGCAAUUAUCAGAAAGUGCCUGUAGUUGGUGGAGAUGCUGAUGAUGAAAUUAUCAAGGACAAAAGCAAAGGGAAAAAGAGCAAGCUAGUGGCGAAAACGGGUUCCUGCAAAUAUCAGUGGCAAAUCAUGAAGUCACUCGGCAUGGAUGACUCCGAAAUUCUCAAAUUUGUUGAUGCUGAAUACUGGCUUGGCUAUUUCCCAAAGCACUGCAUCAAUGAUGUCAAAGAAAUGGGAGCUAAGGUUGAUUGGCGGCGCACAUUUAUCACCACUGAUAUCAAUCCGUAUUAUGACUCAUUUGUUUGCUGGCAAUUUCGGAAGCUUCGCGAAGCAGAAAAAGUGAACUUUGGUAAACGUUACACUAUAUAUUCACCGAAAGAUGGACAACCCUGUAUGGAUCAUGAUCGGUCCAGUGGCGAAGGCGUUGGGCCACAAGAAUAUGUGCUUAUAAAAAUGAAGGUUCUCGAUCCGUUGCCGGAACGAUUAGCAAGUGCUGGGAAAAACGUUUUUCUUGUAGCUGCAACGCUUCGACCAGAAACAAUGUACGGACUAACAAAUUGCUUCGUUCAUCCGGACAUAGAGUAUGUUGACUGGCGGCGCACAUUUAUCACCACCGAUAUCAAUCCGUAUUAUGACUCAUUUGUUUGCUGGCAAUUUCGGAAGCUUCGCGAAGCAGAAAAAGUGAACUUUGGUAAACGUUACACUAUAUAUUCACCGAAAGAUGGACAACCCUGUAUGGAUCAUGAUCGGUCCAGUGGCGAAGGCGUUGGGCCACAAGAAUAUGUGCUUAUAAAAAUGAAGGUUCUCGAUCCGUUGCCGGAACGAUUGGCAAAGGCUCGUUUGUGCAGCGUUCAUUUAUGUUUAAGGUACUCAGCAUUCUAUGUUGGUGAAAAAGAAGAUGAAAUUUUUGUGGCAACGCGAAGAGCUGCAAGAAAUAUGAGUUAUCAAGGUAUGACUGCUGCAAACGGCGUAAUACGAUUUGUCAAGGGCGCCAAAAAGAUUCUGGGUAAAGAUUUGCUUGGCUUAGCGCUCGAAGGUCCGCUGACAAAAUAUGAACGCAUCUAUGCGCUGCCAAUGCUAACCAUCAAAGAUGACAAAGUUUUGCAGGUCGUCGUAAUGAACAUUCCGGUGUAUGGCGACUUAGCAGCUGUUCAUUUAUGCCAAAAAUUGAAAAUUGAGAGCCAGAAUGAGCGUGAAAAGUUGGCGGAAGCAAAGAAAGAAGUUUACCUGAAAGGAUUCUAUGAUGGCGUGAUGCUGGUUGGCAAAUACGUGGGUCAAAAAACUGCUGUUGUGAAGAAAAAAAUACAGGUCGAUUUAAUUGAAUGCGGGCAGGCUCUGUUGUAUGUGGAACCGGAGAAGAAAGUUAUCUCGCGUUCGGGCGAUGAGUGUGUCGUUGCACUAUGUGAUCAAUGCUAUGCAAUGCAAAAACGCAUAUUGACGAGGGGUUGUCUGCGUGUUGUCGUAAUGAACAUUCCGGUGUAUGGUGACUUAGCAGCUGUUCAUUUAUGCCAGAAAUUGAAAAUCGAGAGCCAAAAUGAGCGUGAGAAGUUGGCAGAAGCAAAGAAAGAAGUUUACCUGAAAGGAUUCUAUGAUGGCGUGAUGCUGGUUGGCAAAUACGUGGGUCAAAAAACUGCUGUUGUGAAGAAAAAAAUACAGGUCGAUUUAAUUGAAUGCGGGCAGGCUCUGUUGUAUGUGGAACCGGAGAAGAAAGUUAUCUCGCGUUCGGGCGAUGAGUGUGUCGUUGCACUAUGUGAUCAAUGGUAUCUGAAUUAUGGUGACGAACAGUGGAAAAAAGAAACGAAAAAGGCAUUGGCUCAGUUGAAUACCUACACGGAAGAAGUGAGAUCAACUUCGCAAAUUUCUGUUUAUCAGUCAUUUCCACUAGUAGACAUUUACGUCUCUCAGUUGCUGUUAUCAGUGGUAUUUUUACUACUAGGAGGUGUGAUCGACGGGAGCGUUGUUGGUCCUGCUGGAAUCAAAGCAUCGGACAUGGUGGAUGAUUGCUGGGAUUACGUGUUCCUGAAUAAGCCCUAUAAUAGCGACACAAUGCCCGUGCCGGAGUCCAAGCUAGCACUUUUAAAAAAUGAAUUCCUCUACUGGUAUCCAGUAGAUAUGCGUGCAUCGGGCAAGGAUUUACUGCAAAAUCAUCUCACUUACUAUUUAUUCAAUCACGUUGCGCUGUGGAAAAAUCAGCCUGAGUUGUGGCCUCGAAGUAUACGUGCCAAUGGACAUCUUCUGCUGAACAACGAAAAAGUAAAAAUAUCUUUUUCAAUUUGGUUUAUUUUUGGAGAUGGCUAUUUUAAUUUUAAUAUGUCAAAACAAACCGGUAAUUUCUUGACUCUCAGCGAAGGCGUGAAGAAAUUCGCGGCGGAUGGCAUGCGCCUUUCUUUGGCGGAUGGUGGCGACUACAUCGAAGACGCCAAUUUUGUUUACAGUAUGGCGGAUGCUGGAAUUUUGCGCCUGUACAACCUGCUUGCUUGGGUGCGUGAAAUGGUUGCGCUGCGUGAUCAGGGCAGCCUUCGCUCCGGCCAGAACCUCACGUUUGCCGAUCACGUCUUCGACAAUGAAAUGAACAUUGCAAUUCGUAAAACAUAUGAAAGCUACGAGCAGACUCUUUUUAAAGAAGCUCUGAAAUAUGGAUUUUACGAAUAUCAUAGCUAUCGUGACAAAUAUCGGGAGCUCUGUGAAGGCGACGCUGGGAUGCAUGUUAUUAUGGCAUUCAAAUGGAUUGAGACACAGGCACUUAUCCUCUCACCGAUUUGUCCCCAUCUUUGCGAAAAGAUCUGGCAAAUUUUGGGAAAGGAUGGCUUGAUUGUGAACAAAAAAUGGCCAGUUGUUCCAGCACCUAAUGAAGUAACAACCAAGAAAGCUGAAUUCAUGGAUGCCGCAAUUAGGGUACGUUUCUUUGUUCAAGUUUUACGUUAA